UUAAGCCCGGCAAAGUUGCCACACAAAUUCACAGUAAAAUUACCCAUAUGGCCACAUAUUUAAGCUCCAACCUGCGCGACAUAAUCCUUAACACACAUGUUCCCCUAGUUUUCCCAGACUUUCCCAUACACUGGGAAUGCUUUGAUGACUCGCUGUUGGAUUGGUGUGCUCGCUAUGACAAGGAUGCAAGUGUCUCCAGUUUGCCGGCAUUUGAGAGCAUGGCCAUCGCAGACUGUGACACGCCACAAUGGGAACGGAAGCGAAAGCGUGUCAAAAUGACGAUGCACAAAUUUCUUCAUGAUUUUACAAAGGAAGGACAGGAACCGACUGAGUGGGCCGCUUAUCAAUAUGUACGUGCCGGCGAAAUACCCGCAAGCUGCCUGACGGGCAUUGAUUUCAAAUGCUUUGGAUUUGCAGAACACCAGAACGACUAUAGCCUCUGGUUGGGAUCGAAAUGCGCUAAUACACCGUGCCAUUAUGAUACCUAUGGUGUCAAUAUCGUGGUGCAAGCAUACGGCAGCAAAUCCUGGUUACUCUUUCCGCCGGAGACUGCAUUGCAAAGCUCACGCAUACCCUACGAAGAGUCAAGUGUUUACUGCUUGGAGAACUUCUAUGCACCCGCGCCAGACAAACUGAGCCACUACGAGCAAUUCCAGGGUCAGGCCUAUCAUUGUCUGCUGCAUCCGGGCGAUGUGCUGAUUGUGCCUCGUCACUGGUGGCACUAUGUGGAGGCGGUGGCGACGUCGUUGAGCGUGAACUAUUGGGUGCCGCUUAAGACUGACCUGGACUUGAUCCUAGAUGAGCUCAUAGUCAAACAUGUUGUCGAGAGCUUCGUUAAAGGCGAGAGCGAUCAAAUGAAGCAGUAUUUAUUGAAUCCCAAUCAGCUGGACGAGAUCGCCGACUCUGCUAGCUCACUCUUCAGUCAGUUUGAGCGUGCAGUGCAGGAUCCAAGCUCGGCAAGCAAACGGAAACUGUGGGACGCUGAGUAUUUGGGACAGAGCGAGGUGUUUAAACUCCUAAGCAGCGUUGAAGUGCGCGUGCGUGCCCUGGACGUAAUGUCCAAGGAGGCGUACACUCAGCUGCUCUCAAACAAUGCCAAGCGGCAUGGCGCAACCCAGUUGAACCGGGAGGAUAACAUUAUCAGCUCUACGCUGGAGCAGCUAAUCAAUAGCAUGUGUGCGCCGCGCUGCAUUGCGACUAUCAAAAGGGAGUUCUUUCGCCGGCUGGGCCAAAAUCAAAGAAUAUAGCGCUAUGACGGAAC